AAUUUUUUAUUUUUAUUAAUCAACAGUAAAAAAAUGUUAAUGUUCGUAAAAUUUUCAAAAUACAUCAUCUACACACUGAAUAAAGGAACGGCAUAUGUAAAAAUGCUGUAUGCCUAUCUUCUAUGAAUUUCCAAAAUUUUUCCUUUCACUCUUCCGUUGAACAAAUUGUAUUUAAAAUUUAUCACGAUAAACAUCAAAAUUGACAAAAAAAAAAUAAUUCACCAGUGUGAUCACAGACCAUUUUCUCGAUCGUAAUUGGAUCAUUAUUGAACAGAGGUGAUAACACAGAUCAUGACUGCACAAUGUCUAUUAUCGAAUACAAAAAUAUUUAAACAUAAAUUAGGCUGAAAAUGUAUAGUUAUGUUUGAGAAUAACGAUAUUUUGAUUUUGUACAGUCAUCGACAAGUUGUAAAAAUUUUCUCCGGCAUUCUUUCAGAAUUUUUUCAGUAUGCUUUAAACGGAAAAAAUGGUAAAAACAACUGCAAUACGUUGCAUAUGCACAACAUGAACACCACGAACGGUAUAAUUUGAUACUUAUUCACUUCAUUUAUUUUAUCGGAAUGUCCAGUUACAUUCUCGUUUUUUUACUUGGUCGACUAACUCUUGUUAGUAAGAAUGAAAGCAUGAAAGAAAUUAUACAAUAGAUAAUAAGUGCUUCAUUCGUAUGGUUUAUUAUUAAAUGCAUGUAUGCGCGUUUGAUGCGUAUAUUUAUUUUGUAAUGGCAGAUGAAGAUAGAAAUAUGGCUUGUGACGUCGUACAACUACAUAAAAAUAGCAACGAAAAUAUAAAAAAUAGUAAUAAUAACAUAGAUAAUAUAGAGCAAAUUAAUGAAGAAGAGUUUAAGGCAAUUAAUGAACAAUUAGAUCAACUGAAUUUGGUAUUGGACAGUUUAGAAUCAAAAAAUGACAAUAUCCAUGCUGAAUUGAUCAAGCUGUUAAAAUCAAAUAGAGAAACUAGGAAACAAUUUCAAGAAACUCAAGAGAACAAACAUCAACAAGAAGGCGAAGCUUAAUGAAGCUUAAUGAUUAUUAAUAUUAAAAUCUUAUUAUUUAAAUAGUAAUGAUAGAAUCUUUAAAUGAAUCUAUAAUUUCAUGUAUAAUUUAAAUAAUGUAAGUAAACUAUAAACAACAGCUUGUUAUUAAAACAGAAUGAUAAAUUAUAUCAAUAAAUAUACCUU